GGCCAACGACGUCACGGAAAAGCCCUGUCUCUGAUCAGAUGGGCUUAAUAUAAACCAGGUUUGCUGAGAAAGAAUUAGAGUGGCAGGCGGCCCCAGAGACCGAGGAAGGAUUUUCCGUGGGAGACUGGUUCAAGAUCCACCAACUCUCUGACAAAAGGGAGUGAGACCAAGAGUGUUGACUCUGGUUGAGACAGGAGAUUCUGAAAGACAGCAAGGUAAAGGGGACAAAAGCCAUGACUCUGAACAAUGUCACGAUGCGUCACAACAGUAGUGCCUUGCAAUCCCAGCAGCAGCGCUGGAGCAUCCCAGCAGACGCAAGGCAUUUGGUGGUCCAGAGAGACCCCCAUGAGUCCAACCAACAGAAAAGGUACACCAUCAACCCUGAAGAGUAUUACCGAAGGAGCUGGUCAUCGGAGUCUUCCGAUUCCGUCAUCUCAUCUGAAUCGGGAAAUAGCUACUACCGAGUGGUCCUUAUAGGGGAACAAGGAGUCGGCAAAACGACCAUCGCCAACAUCUUUGCAGGUGUUCACGACAGCAUGGACAGUGACUGUGAAGUGCUAGGAGAAAAUACAUACGAACGGACCUUACUGGUAGACGGUGAAAGCGCAACAGUCAUCCUCAUUGACAUGUGGGAAAACAAGGGUGAAAAUGGAUGGCUUCAAGAACACUGCAUGCAGGUUGGAGAUGCAUACUUGAUCGUCUAUUCCAUCACGGACCGUGCAAGUUUUGAGAGAGCGUCAGAGCUCAGAAUACAGCUCCGUCGGGCACGCCAAACAGAAGACAUUCCAAUUAUUUUAGUGGGCAACAAAAGUGACCUAGUCAGGUGCCGGGAAGUCUCUGUUUCAGAAGGCAGAGCGUGUGCCGUUGUGUUUGACUGUAAGUUCAUUGAGACUUCAGCAGCCGUGCAGCACAAUGUGAAGGAGCUGUUUGAAGGCAUCGUGCGUCAAGUGCGGUUAAGAAGAGACAGCAAAGAGAAGAAUGAAAAAAGGCUGGCAUAUCAGAAGAGGAGGGAGAGCAUCCCUAAGAAAGCCAGGCGGUUCUGGGGCAAAAUCGUAGCCAAGAAGAACAAGAACAUGGCCUUCAAACUGAAAUCCAAGUCUUGCCAUGAUCUCUCGGUCCUCUAGAAACAUCAGAUGUUGUCCCUC